CUUCUGGCGGAACUGCGUGUAGAGCUCCCCGGUUGUUUGCUCCCAGCCUCGCUCUCGCAGACGGGUGGUACGUACAGAGCUCUUUGGGUAUCGAGGCGCCCUGGAGGAGGCGGAGGCGGAGGCGGAGGCGGCUGUAAGGCCCGAGGCGCCGGAGGACGAUGAGGACGAAGAGGAGGCCCUCCCGCACUCCGAAGCAGUGGACGUGUUCCAGGAAGGUCUAGCCAUGGUGGUGCAGGACCCACUCCUCUGUGAUCUACCGAUCCAGGUUACUUUGGAAGAAGUCAAUUCCCAAAUAGCCCUGGAAUAUGGCCAAGCAAUGACAGUCCGAGUGUGCAAGAUGGAUGGAGAAGUCAUGCCUGUGGUUGUAGUACAGAACGCCACGGUCCUGGAUCUGAAGAAAGCCAUCCAAAGAUACGUGCAGCUCAGGCAGGAGCGUGAAGGGGGCAUUCAGCACAUCAGCUGGUCCUAUGUGUGGAGGACAUACCACCUAACUUCUGCCGGAGAAAAGCUCACAGAGGACAGGAAGAAGCUCCGAGAUUAUGGUAUCCGGAAUCGGGAUGAGGUAUCUUUCAUCAAAAAGCUGAGGCAAAAAUGAACCUCCAAACGAGGACAACUGUGUGCUGGUAGCCAAGCUGUUCCCUGGCAGAAGGAAGCCUUGGGUCACUGUCCCCUAUCCACAGAAGAGUGUUGAGAUAGGCUCACCCAGCUGUGCACCCCCAGAACUGUUGUGAACUCUGGGCCCUCGGGAGUAGGACUGGGUGAGCCAGUGCUCAAGACCUGAGCUUGACCCCCUCCCUUGACCCAAACACCAUAGUUUCAUGGCAUGUCCCACAGGGUUGUGGGCCUGGCCUUGUGUACAGAAUAAAUCUCUUUAUGUUUCUUAGUUUGAAAAGUCAAAAAAGCCACAGUACCAGGGUGCGGGGGCCUGGCACAGCCCCCAUUAUGGGGGAGGCAAGGGGCCUAGAAUGGUGCAGGUGAGUCCUAAAAGGCUGAGGUGCCAUGUGAGCCUGUUACUGUGAGCUCUGCAACAGGGAGGAAAUAAAAGCAAAGCA